GAGAGGAGUGUUUUAGUGUGAGCCAUGGCCAGAACCAAGCAGACCGCCCGUAAAUCCACCGGAGGCAAAGCCCCCAGGAAGCAGCUGGCCACCAAGGCGGCCAGGAAGAGCGCCCCGGCCACCGGCGGCGUCAAGAAGCCUCACCGCUACCGGCCCGGCACCGUGGCUCUGCGGGAGAUCCGCCGCUACCAGAAAUCCACCGAGCUGCUCAUCCGCAAGCUGCCCUUCCAGCGCCUCGUCCGAGAGAUCGCCCAGGACUUCAAGACCGACCUGCGCUUCCAGAGCUCGGCCGUCAUGGCUCUGCAGGAGGCCAGCGAGGCUUACCUGGUCGGCCUCUUCGAGGACACCAACCUGUGCGCCAUCCACGCCAAGAGGGUCACCAUCAUGCCCAAAGACAUCCAGCUGGCCCGCCGUAUCCGCGGAGAGAGGGCUUAGACUCACCGGCAACAACUCACGACCAAAGGCUCUUUUAA